AUUUUCCAUCUGUACUAGAAGCACAUUCUUUCAGUCAUAGGAUGUACUGACUGGGACAUAACAAGGCCAAGGAGGUGGUGGCCCCACCUGAAUAGGAAUCAUCUGGGACCAAGUAGAUCUGGUCAACAAUGAACAGGGCAUCCUCUCUCCACCCUACACAUUCUGUCUAUGACAUAAGGUAUCCUGCUCUGAGGCCAGAGGGUCUGAGCACAUCUGGAAGUGAGGCUAAUCGGUGCAGUAGACCCCAAGAAUUUCUGUGCCAGCAGUGCAGAGUGGGAAACCAACACCCCAUGAACACGAACCUCAAAUCCCGACCACUGCUCUUCCGUUUGGGAGCAAAGGCCACUCUAUUAUGGAUAGAAAUGGAAGCUGUUUUCUAGUCAGGCACACUCCUCAUCCCAGACGCGUCUGCCACAUAAAAGGUUUGAAUAACAUUCCGAUCUGUACCGUGAAUGAUGAUGAGUACUCAUUCAGAACGCUCUGGAGUGCCAGCCAGUUGAACCACUUGGAGAAUGAAGAGGCGCGCAGUAACCCACCCAGCAUCGCACCCGUGGAGAGCCCCAUCAGAGGAGUCUCGCCAGCCCCAAACAAAGUGAAAGUGCCCCCAAGGCCUCAUUCCGAGCCCUGUAGAAAAAUCAAGGAGUGCUUCAAAACUUCCUGUGAGAAUCCGUUAGUAAUUAAAAAGGAAGAAAUUAAGGCAAAAAAUCUGCCAUCACCUCCAAAGGCAUGUUCUAGUGCUGGUUCCUGUUUUUCAGAAGUAAUGAGCACCCAGACUGGCAUUAAAGAGAACACUGUUUGCAUACCAAACUAUCUGGAUCAGGAAAUAAAAAUCCUGGCAAAGCUCUGUGACAUUUUACAUACUGACUCUCUGGGGGAGGUUCUACAGUGGCUGCUUCAUGCAAGUUCAAAAGAAAAAGAGUGGGUUUCAGCUUUGGUUCAUUCAGAACUGGCUGAGAUAAACUUGUUGACUCGCCACCGACGAAACACCUCAACAGAACAAGCAGCCGGGACUGGGAAGCCAUCCACAGUUAAACCAUCCCCAAAUCUACCCACAAAAUCGAAAGUGCUGACCAAACCUAAAGAAGGACAUCAACCAGCCAGAGUGUCAAGUCAAGGAUCUGAUGGAAAUAAGGAAGUACCAAAAGAGACUGAGCACAAGCCCCCACUGUUCAUAAGAAGAAAUAAGAUGACAAUACCUGUUGCAGAAUAUUUCAGCAUACCAAAGUCUCCUCCCAGGCCUAAAACUCAGGAAAGCACAUCAAGAAAACCAAUGUUACCAAGGAGUACACAAGGAAACAAUCUUUGUCCUCAAAAAGCAUUUCAUCCUUUUACAUACCAAAGGUAGAAAUUUUAGUCUGGGCUAAUUCUGUCUUAUUAAACUUUGGCUUCACUUUGUUACAACAUCUAGUUGUUUUUGCAAAAAAAUAUUGUUGGUAUCAGGAAUC